CUGCGUUUCAGGCGACGUGUCCACUGCUCGCAGCCACCACGCUCAACACCAGCUCGCAAUCUUCGGACUCGCCACUCCCUUCAUGCCCUGCACUCUGCCAUGAUGAUAUCGUUAUACAGACUCUGUUUUCUUGUUACUCUUCUGCUCUCGACACUGUCGGAAAAUGUGCUUGCGUCCGUCCUGGCGAUCGACUAUGGCGCAGACUGGAUCAAGGCUUCCCUCAUGAAGCCUGGCGUACCAUUUGAUGUCCUCCUGAACAAGGACUCAAAGCGGAAAAUACAGUCUACGGUAGGGUGGAAACGGAAUGACAGGCUAUUUGGGUCAGACGCCGCUGCGGUUGCAGGACGGUUUCCCCAAGACUCGUUCUCCUCCCUGAAGUUCCUCCAAGCAGCGCAGUACAACUCUCCCGCAGUCUCUUUCUACAAGUCCAUUUCUACCGCCGACUUGGUCGAGACGGAUCGGGGCACAGUUGCCCUCCGUCGGUCCGACGGCACCGAGUGGUCGGUUGAAGAGCUCCUUGCCAUGCAGCUGUCUUAUGUCAAGCAACUGGCUGAGGACUUCUCGGGCGAGAAGGUCUACGACGUGGUCGUUACUGUCCCUCCGUACUACACCAUGUUCGAGCGCGAUGCGAUAGCCGACGCUAUUGAGAUCGCUGGCUUGCGCACCCUUGCACUCGUCAACGACGGUACUGCUGUCGCGGUCAACUACGCCAUGACACGGACAUUCCCUCAACCGGAGUACCACGUCAUCUACGAUGCAGGUGCAUCAUCCAUUCGCGCGACCGUUGUUGGCUUCUCGAAUGUAGCCGGUGAUCCGAAGUCGAAGAGCCUGACAAAGGACAGUAUCCAGAUCAUGGUGGAAGGCGUUGGAUUCGACCGCGCAGUCGGUGGGACAGAGCUAGACAGACGGCUACGGGAGAUCAUGAUCAACGACUUUAACCGAAGGUACAAGAAGGACAUCCGGCAGGACAAGCGCGGGAUGGCCAAGUUGUGGAAGGAGGCCGGUCGCGUGAAGACGAUAUUGAGCGCGAACUCGGAUGCGACGGCUUCGGUGGAGAGCCUGGCUUGGGAUAUCGACUACCGUUCCAAGAUCACCCGAGCGGACUUCGAGAUUGCGUGCAAGGAUUUGAAGGGCGAGUUUGCGCGCCCUAUCUUCGACGCACUGGCUAGUGCCGGUAUGACUCUGGACAGCAUCUCGUCCGUGAUCCUGACGGGUGGUGCCUCGCGCACUCCGAUGAUUCAGGCAGCGGUGAAGGCCGCAGUGGGAGAGAGCAAGAUCGCCCUCAACGUGAACGCCGACGAGGCCGCCGUUCUCGGCGCCGCGCUCCAUGGUGCAUCAUUGAGCAAGCAGUUCAAGACGAAGGAUAUCCGCGUGACGGACAUCAAUCCGUACGACAUCCAGACGUCGUACACCGCCGAUAAUAAGAAGGUGCCGAACGCGAAGCCGCGGACGAUCAACACGCUCAUCUUCCCAGCGGGUACGAAGACAGGCACGAAGAAGACCUUGACGCUCAAGCGCACCGAUGACUUCCCGCUGAAGCUUGCAUACAAGAGCUCUCCCGCCCCAGGUUUGCCGUCGGAACUACUCGUGGCUAAGAUCGGCGGAGUGGCGGAGGCGAUAAAGAACCUAACAGAGUUGGGUGCUACGGACCCUGUCGUAAAGGCAACACUGAGGUACUCUGACUCCGGCUUCGCGAGCGUCGCAGACGCCGUAGCCUACGGCGAAAUCAAGGAUGACUCGCUGACCGGCAAACUGAAGGGUCUCUUCUCCGGCAAGUCGGACGAAGUCGUGGAAGGCGAGGCGGCGGAAGGGGACCAAGCACCAUUCGCCGCACCGUCUCCUUCGGCUUCCGCAGCUGCGACUGAGCAGAAGAGGGAGGACACUAUCCCGCUCGACGUGCAAGUGGACUUCCCAUCGCUCCAACCGCUCUCCGUGGCAGCCAAGCGGCAGUCUCGUGCACGGCUCUCGACUAUCGACAAUGAAGAAGCGGGAAAGCGUCGCAGAGAGGAAGCCCGGAACAGCUUGGAGGCGUACAUCUACAAGCUGCGCGACCUACUCGAUGAUGACAACCAGGAGAAUCCGUUCAACAAGUGUUCCAGGGAAGCUGAGCGCAAGCGCAUCGCCGAGAGCCUCAAGGAGACGUCCGCCUGGGUUUCCGACCAUGGCGACGAUGCGGAUACCAAUCAGCUCCUCGCGAAGCGCAGUGUAUUAGAACAGUUGGAACGGCCCAUCUUCCACCGCUAUGAAGAGAUCAAGGAAUUCCCUCACGCGCUGAACAUGAGUCAGUUGAUGAACUGGCAGACGCGGAUAUUCAUGAAGGAAGCCAAGGACGGUCUCAUCGCCGCCGAGGAAGGCGGGCCACCGUCGAAGUGGACCGCGAGCGAGAUCGAGGGCCUUCAGAAGGCACUCUCAGAUCACGAACAGUGGCUUGACGAGUGGGUCGAGAAGCAGAAGAAGGUCCAGAUGGACGAGGACCCCGUCAUCCUGACGAGCGAGAUGAGGGCGCGGGCGAAGACGCUGGACAACGCACUGCAGAAGCUGCGGAAUAAGAAGGCGCCGAAGGUGCCGAAGAAAACGACCAGUACGAGCUCGAGUGCAAGUGCAGAUGCCACAGGGACUGAGCAGGCAGAAUCGACAGGGACAGAAUCCUCGCGUAGCUCUGCGUCCACUCCGUCGUCUUCGUCACGGUCUACGCAUGAGAAACACGAGGAGCUCUGAGUCUGAACGACCGACAUCCGCCCUGACAUAUAUAAGUAAUUAUUUUGAUACAUCGUAGAGGUUCAUCAUCAUCGAUACCGGGCCUGGGGACUUCCUGUCCAGACAUGAGUCUGGAUGCCUUCGGAUUCGAACAUCCCAAGAGACCGGUGGUAAGGAACUAAGGAACACGACACAGUCGUACAGGUGCUCUCGGACUUGAAAAGCCAU